AUGUACUUCGUGCACUUGUUUUUAUUGUCGGUUGACCGCAUGAAUAGUGAAGUGAACGCUCGACGAGUCGCUAAUGUGGAGCAAUGUUUCGGUAAAAUGGCCAAGCCACUAAAUUUAUUUGGAAGAGUGCUGGUUGGUGAAGGAGUCCUGGUGAAGAUGUGCAGAAAGAAACCGAAGCAGCGCCAAUUUUUCUUAUUCAAUGACAUACUGGUCUACGGGAAUAUUGUAAUAUCGAAGAAACGUUAUAACAAGCAACGAAUAAUCCCACUAGAAAACGUGGAGCUGGAGGAUUUACCUGAUGAAGGAGCGAUUAAAAAUGGAUGGAUCGUGAAGACACCGGAGAAAUCGUUUGCUGUUUACGCAGCUUCCCCGAAAGAAAAAAAGGAAUGGAUGAUUCAUAUAGAGCGCUGUGUUGCCGAUUUACUAGAAAAAGGUAAUAAGCGACCAGCAAAAGAACAUGCAGCUGUUUGGAUUCCGGAUGGCGAAGCAGCUCGUUGUAUGGCUUGUGGUCGCACGCAGUUUAACCUAGUACAGAGAAGACAUCAUUGCCGUGCCUGCGGCCGUGUGAUUUGUGGAGCAUGCUCAACACAUUCUUACCGCAUCGAUAGUUUAAAUAAGAAACCAGUCCGUGUCUGUGAUAUGGUAAAUAAUUUACGAUUUUAUGGAAAACCUCCUUUACCUCCUCCGAAACCGAGUACGAUUGAAAUGGACUACGAUGGUGAAUCAUCUUCUGAGACGGAUGAGGAAACUAGUAGAGAUGACCACUCUAUGAGAGCUAGUUCGGUGAGCGUCUUGUAA